GAGAGAGAGAGAGAGAGAGAGAGAGAGAGAGAGAGAGAGAGAGAAUGGCAGAGGGAACAGCAGGAGAAAGGUGCUCCAUUGUCGAAAAUCUACACACACUGAGGACACAAUGGACACCAGAAGCUCCUUCUCCUCCAUCUGCAUGUUGUGGAUCAGCGUCUGUGUGGGUCUCCACUCUGGAGAAUCAGUGAUCAGUGUAUCUGGUGAUUUGGGAUCUACAGCUGUUCUGCCGUGUGAACUGAAGAGUGUAGACAUUGAAACACAUAUCAGGUGGCGCACUGAAUCUGAGAUUGUGUUUAAGAGAAAGGGUGAGAGUUUCUCUCAGGGUGAUGGAUAUGAGGAUCGUGUGGAUGUUCCUGUGGAAGAGCUUCGUAAGGGGAACUGUUCUUUGGUGUUGCGCAAUCUACAACUUACUGAUACAAAUGUCUACAUGAGCAUCCAGAUGGUGAGACGCAUCAAGAGAUCUGUCACUACAGAAUUUAAGGAGAUCAGCCGUGUUUCUCUCUCAGUCAGGGAAAAACCUCCUGAGGAGAAAUCAGAUGAAGUGUCGAGUCCCACAGCCCUCAGGAACUUCAAGCUGACAGUCGGCUUUUGGGGAAUGUCUGGACUGGGGGUUUAAGUCUCGGUCGUCUUUAGCUCUUUCCCACACUGUCGGCUCUGGUCGGACAGCGUCUGCUGUUUUUAAGUCGGUUCUUCAUGUGGAAUCAGCAGCGGAGCUCAUCGGCGAGUGAUUGGAUAAUGAGCUUAGUGAUAAUUAGCUCACUUGUUUUAUUCUUGCUCUUGUCUUUGCAACUUGGCAAAUUGGUUGGAAAAUCUACACGAAUCUGUUAGUAAUGAUUGCAGCAGGUGGAAAAGCUGCAUGAUUUAUAUAUUCACAGUUUUAGCUCUUCCAGUUUUCCUGUUUGGAUACCGAAUACAGACUACUGCCACCUGCUGGUACAAGAGAUUUCUGUUCUCUCACGUAAGCUCAAAACAUACACACAUGGUUUGGUGCAUCAGAUGCGCCUGCAUAACAAUCAGCAUCAUUUGCAGCACAAUCAGCCGAUGGCAAUUAAUCAAAAAAUACCCAAAAUCUUCAAAAUCUCUACUCCCCAUGGGAUUGUUAGAUAGAACCAACAGAACAUGGAAGACCUACCAUUUAGUGCCUCUCUGUCUACACACACUGGAGCUGCAAGUAAUGAUUAUUUUGGUAAUCGAUUAUUCAGACAAUUAUUUUUCUGAUUAAUUGGAUGGGGGGUAUUUCAUGUUUUGCUGAUUAUAACUAUAUAUAACCCCUAAUUCAGGGUAUUAUUCAUAAACGUGUUUAAUAUAAAUAAAAAUAUAAAAGCCUAAUUUUGAGUUUAAAUAUCUUUAAUUCAGACAUUUUAAAGUUUAUAGUAGCUGCUUGUUGGGGAGGUUAUGAGGGAUUUCUCCUCUAACAAAUUCACUCAUGUUGGGUUGCUUAUUUCUGAAAUAAAAAAAUGCAAUAAAGCAAUUUGUGUAAAUCACCAUUUAUAUUGUUUUUAAUAAUGAUUUAUUUUUCAUGUUUAAAUGUUGGACAGUCGUAAAAAACAUUUCACUGCAUGUCGUACUCUGUAUUUAUGUGUAUGUGACGAAUUAGAAAUAGAAUUUGAGAUGGCAGGAUGGCAACCAUAAAACAAUUCAACAUUGUUUAGACAAUGAAAAAAUACACAUUUUGUUUUUGUUAUAUAAGCAUCUAAAAUAUAUAAUUAUUUAAAUUUUGUAAAAUAUUAAAAAUAUAUGCAUACAUUAAUUAUACAAACAUUGAAAACAAGCAUUUUAACAUAAUAAAGCUGCAGUAAAUCACGUUUGAAAACAGAUUAAUAACUGUUGGCAUGAGUGACCUGAUGCUCACAAGUGACGACAGAACAGAUCCAGUGCGAGUGUCCUGAAAUUAACAGACUAAUUUUUACAAACAAAAUUAAAAUACCAUUUUCACAUGAUGAGGGUUACACAGUUUUUACUCACCGUGCUGAUGUUUCAACUUCAUCCACGACACCAGUGUGUUUUCUUUUCAUGUGCUUGUGCAUCACUGAUAUUUCCAUCCUACACAAACUGCUUUGCAGAACUUCCAGCUACAGUUUUCUUUGUUGCGUAUGACUUGGAACGCGCCACUUUUUCCUGCUGCUGGUUGAACCUGAACUCUCCAAUAUUCCACAAGUGUCUGUGUUCUCUUACUGUCACACUAAACCCCUAACUUACGCAGCCCAGCUAAUCCAAUACAGCUUUUAUUCAUGACAAAUUUUUUUAUUAUUAUCCAUUUUAUUGAUUACUUGUUGCGGCUCUACUUCACACACUCAGACACAAACUAACAAAUUUACACUGAAGCUUUUGUGUAGUUUAUGAACUUUUCGACCUCAUUCCUCUUC